GCCCGGGCCGGCCAUGGCGCUCAACAAUUUCCUUUUCGCGCAGUGCGCCUGCUACUUCUUGGCCUUCCUGUUCAGCUUCGUGGUGGUGGUCCCGCUGUCCGAGAACGGCCACGACUUCCGCGGCCGCUGCCUGCUCUUCACCGAGGGCAUGUGGCUGAGCGCCAACCUCACGGUGCAGGAGCGCGAGCGCUUCACGGUGCAGGAGUGGGGCCCACCGGCCGCCUGCCGCUUCAGCCUGCUCGCCAGCCUCCUGUCUCUGCUGCUGGCCGCCGCGCACGCCUGGCGCACGCUCUUCUUCCUCUGCAAGGGACACGAGGGCUCCUUCUUCUCCGCCUUCCUGAACCUCCUGGUCAGCGUCUUCGUGGUCUUCCUGGUCUUCAUUGCCAGCACCAUCGUGAGUGUGGGCUUCACCAUGUGGUGUGACACCAUCACCGAGAAGGGCGCUGUAGCCCACAGCUGUGAAGAGCUUCAGGACAUCGACUUGGAGCUAGGUGUGGACAACUCCGCCUUCUACGAUCAGUUUGCAAUUGCCCAGUUUGGCCUCUGGGCCUCAUGGCUGGCCUGGCUGGCUAUCACCACACUGGCCUUCCUGAAGGUGUACCACAACUACCGUCAGGAGGACCUGCUGGACAGCCUGAUCCAUGAGAAGGAGCUGCUGCUGGCCCGGCCGUCCCCACGCACCUCCUUCCACGAGGAGAAGAGCGCCAUCAUUUAGGCACAGCGCGGGCAGGGGAGCUGGCCCCUGACCUCCCGGCUGCGCUUGGGGGCAUGGGCCUGCCUGGGGAAGCAGCUGGGGGGCUCUGCCUGGGCCCUGGCCACAUGCAGCCCUGCGUGUGUCUCCUCGAGCGUAGGGAGGUGAGCACCCCAGUGCCCACUUGUGAGCCUAGCAGUGGACUGGGUGGGUGCUGGCUCCCUAAUGAGGAUGGUGCAGAGAGACUAUGGGUGUGGGGCGGGGGGUGGGGGGGCACCUCCAGGCCUCGCACAGGGCCCCAUGGCUGUCCCAGUAGGACCUGACUGGCCAGCCUCGGUGGAGGGCGUCCAGCUGGUCUCCCCCAACCCUGGCCAGAUGCUGUCUUCAUGCCAGCUGGCCCAGGGGUGGCCAGACGUCACUCAGCCCUGAACGAAUUCUGCAUGAAUUCUGCCAUCCAGGCAGAGGCUACGUGUGGGGAGGAGCUCACAGCAUCUUCCAGCCUCUGACCCCGGGUUGGCCCCUCCCCGGCUGAGUCCCCCUCCUGGGUGGGUGCCAUAGGCCUGGGAGACCCCGCGGCCGGGCUCAGGGAGGCUUCUAAGGUCUGUGAGUUCGCCUCACUGUGUGUGGGUCCUGUCUGUGCUUGGCUGAGGGGCAGGGAGGUGGUAAUCUGGGCUCCACAGAGUCAGGGGCAUCAUCUGGUUGGGGAUUUGGGGGGCACACUUACCACAGAGAGGAUUGGGCCAGGAGCCAUGGCAGGGGCCUGUGUGUGGGUGUGUAUGGGAGGAUGUGAUUCUGUGAGUGCCUUUGUGCAUGGGAGGGUGUGAUUGUAUAUGUGAGUGCAUGAGAGGAUGUGACUGUGAGUGUGCAUGUGCACGUGUGACUGCAUGUGUGGGUGUGACAGUGUAGGUGUGACUGUACAUGGGAAGGUGUGACUGAGUGUGCAUGGGAGGAUGUGGGUGUGCAUGGGAGGAUGUGGGUGUGCAUGAGUGUGCAUGUUAGGGU